CUUCGUCAAAUGCGAUCAAACAGCAACCUUGUUCCCUCAAUGACAGUGGCUCGCUUACGCUCUCUGUACCUUACUGGGUCGAUUAUUUAAUGCAUUUGCGGAAAAGCGAUCUCAAGUGUCACAGCAUCUAGUUAUGCACUAGUGCGGCUUCGCAGAUCAAACCCAAAAUACAAACUUUGUGACGCAGUCCAGGCUUACGUCAAGAGCGCGAACAGAACCAGAAUAGCGACGGAAUCAUGGCUCAAAUCAAGGAUCUGAAUGCGCAUGAAAGACCCCCGGAGGCUGUCAGACAACGCUACAAGCAGUAUCAAAAAUCCACGCUCGCCGACAUAAACUCGGAUGCUGGCGUUCUGGAUCUUCAGGCCCUCGAUGCUAACCGUCUCCCGGAGGUAGUUUCACUCACACAUUGGAUCUCCGGCAAGGAUCUUCAGCCUGUAUUCGAUGAAUUUCUGGGGACAAGCAAGGAUGGGGCGGAAAGGCUUCUGAAUGUGAAAGAUAUCCCUGUCUUCUCCCAUCGCUCUGUGACUGGUCUCCAAAUAAUCCCAUCCCUGCUCCCACCGGCCGUACAAAUAGAACUCCUCUCACGCCUAUUCCACCGAGACCUGUCAAACCCAAGACACAAGACCAACCUACACCUGCACUAUGACCUCACGUAUCCUAGUGCCGAGGAUGCUGCUGCUGCUGCCGCUGCUGCCGCCACGCCGACGCCCGAACCUAAUGUAGUAGAUUCUCAACCGCUCUCAUUCUUCGAAGACGACCCCACUCGCCUCAUCCACCCGAAGGAUCCCAGCGUGCACAAACCGCUCAGCGUGCAGAGCAUCCUCACCAAGAAACUGCGUUGGGUGACUCUGGGCGGCCAGUACGACUGGACCGCCAAGGUGUAUCCAGCCGAACGACCCCCAGAGUUCCCGCCGGACAUCGCGAAGCUGCUGCACACCAUGUUCCCGGAGACCGAAGCUCAGGCGGCCAUUCUGAAUGUGUACUCGCCCGGCGACACGCUCAGCCCCCAUCGCGAUGUUAGCGAGGAGUGCGACGCCGGGCUGAUCAGCAUCAGCUUCGGCUGCGACGGGCUGUUCCUGAUCAGCCACGAUGAUGGGGCCGGAUGCGAGAUUAUUCGGCUGCGGUCCGGUGACGCGGUGUACAUGGACGGCACGUCCCGCUUUGCCUGGCAUGCAGUGCCCAAGAUUGUGCCGAGCACGUGUCCGACCUGGCUUGUGGACUGGCCGGGUGCGGCAGAGGGUUCGGAUGCUGCUACCAUUUCUGCUAAAUAUGAGAUGUGGAAGGGGUGGAUGGCGGGUAAGAGGAUUAAUUUGAACGUGCGACAGAUGAGCCUUGAAGAACCUCGUUAAGGGGGUCUCCAAUGCGGAGGACAUGCUUCAGCAUGACUGGAGUACCAUGCUUGUUGACCUCUGUCACUGCACCUUGCGCAUGCCGAAUCGUGAAGUAUGUUCCUCUAAAUGAGGUGUGCGCGAUUCCGGUCGCCCGACUGUGCAUCUGCACGGCAAAAGACCUUCCUAUAAAUAAAUCUUGCAUUGGGGGUGAUUCAUUCCCUUCCACUAUUUACUUUGUUAAGAAUCAA